AUGACCGUUGUGGGGGGGGGGGGGGGGGAAUUUUUUGGAGUUGGUGGCGGUGGCGGCAGCGAUGCCGACAGUGUUUCACUUGUGGUGGCUGUGCAAGGUGGGUUCAUUGUCUCCACAGCUCCAUCGUCUUCGUCACUCCAAAAUCGUCUUCACUCCCCAGAGGUGGGUUCUAUUUUUGUGGCUCCUGAGGCGGUGGCAGUUGGUGUUUGGGGAUCAUCUGGGUUUGAAGCAUGUCUGGGUUUGAAGCAUGAUUUUGUGGCUCUCGCUCUUUCUCUCUGUUUGAUUUCCCAGUUUGAAGCAUCAUCCGAGUUCGUAUGA